GACGCCUCCCUUGUUUACUCUGGAUCAGCUCGUGCACUUCAAAGGACAACCAUGGAACGAGAUCUCACCUGGACCACGAUCUCCAUCUCCAAGAUGGCAAAACAACGUCUACACUUCCUCCGCCGGCGUCUCCCUCAAACCAUCCUCACCACAUUCUACAGGGGAACUGUUGAGAGCGUGCUGACAUGUCGCAUCACUUCUGGAGAGGGAACUGUAGUCCAUCUGACCGCAAGACCCUUCAGAGAAGUGAUUUCAGCACUGGGUCUCACUCUCAGUGACAUGGAGAUCCUCAACACUCCAGUCAUUGAGGGUCCGGAUCUUUCUGAUUCCCUGUACCGCCUUUAUGAGUUUGAUUUAGACAGCGAUGUUGUUCAGAAUCCAGUCCCAAGCAAGUCGGUCCGGGAUGAAGAAAUCCAGCCGGCUCAAGCUCAUAUCGAGGCGGCCGUGGAAGAGGACAUCCAGCUAACUUCAGUCAGACUGUCCGAAGAGAAGCUGGAAGACUCGAAGACGCCCAGUGUGAAAAUUGAGGGCCUUUCUGAUUCCCUUGACCGCUUUCUUGUUCGGUUGCAUUUAGACAGCGAUGUUGUUCAGAAUCCAGUCCCAAGCAAGUCGGUCCGGGAUGAAGAGAUCCAGCCGGUUCAAGCUCAUAUCGAGGCGGCCGUGGAAGAGGACAUCAAGCAAUCUUUAGUCAGACUGUCUGAAGAGAAGCUGGAAGACUCGAAGACGCCCAGUGUGAACCUGCAGGAGAUCAACUCCUGCUUGUAUGCUGUUGGUGAAAUCCUGGCUGCAAGCACUCGUGGAGUCGUCUACGCGGGGACCCGUCUUCAUGAUGGCUUCAAGGUGGCACUGAAAUACGUGCACACAUCCAGGCAUCUGGAUUAUAUCCGCGCCCCGGGUCAUCCUGAUCCCCUUCCGCGUGAGGUGGCUCUUCAAAUGCUUGCCUGUGAUGAUGGCCGCUCUCCUGAGAUUGUCCAGCUCUUGGACUGGCAGGAACAUCCGGACCACUACAUCCUGGUCCUGGAGCGCCCUUCUCCCUGCGAGGGAUUGAAUAAGUUUGUUGCGAGCCGAGGGGGACAGCUCGACGAGAAGUUAGCGAAACGCAUCAUGCGUCAGGCAUACUUAGCUGCCAAGACAUGCUGUGAACAGGGAGUAUUCCAUCGUAAUAUCACACUGGAGAACCUCCUUAUAAAAACAGACACCAUGGACGUCAAACUGAUCGACUUCGGGUGUGGCGAGCUACUUAAAAAGUCGACCUACAAUACAUUCACAGGUACAAGAGAAUACGUUUGCCCUGAAUUUUUUAAAACCGGCAAGUACAAUGGAAAGCAGGCGACGGUGUACUCGCUCGGGGUGCUGCUGUUCGCCUUGUUGUGCGGAAAAUUCCCCAGCUCUAAUGAUCGGUUCUUCAUCAAUGAGAGGGCCUGGAACAAAGACGGCUUGACAGAAGAAUGCUGCUGUCUGGUUGAAGACUGUCUGCAGGAGGAUCCAGAGAAACGUAUUGAUCUGGAAAGGAUUUAUGAGGAUAAUUGGUUUCAGGACAAUUCUUUAGACGACCUCCAGACUCCCAUCAACUCUGUCAGCCAUGAUCAGUCUGAAAAGAAGCUGGAGGAUGUUAAUCAGUCCAAGGUGUUCAGUCUGGUAAUCAAUGGCUGCCAGUAUGAGGUCGGCAGAGAGCUGGGUAAAGGAGGUUUCGGAACCGUCUUUGAGGGGACACGUGUGCAGGAUGGCUUAAAGGUGGCAGUGAAAUAUGUCGAGAAGACCAGGAACGUAAUCAAAGAUUAUAUCAACAUUCCGGGUUGUUCUAAACCUUUGCCUCGAGAGGUCGGUCUUCACUUGCUUGCCAGAAAGGGAGAUAAUGUUCCUGUGAUCAUCCAGCUUCUGGACUGGCAGGAUAAUCCAGAUCAGAUCAUCUUGGUCCUAGAGCGCCCUUCUCCCUGCGAAGAUGUGCGUUCUUUCGUGAAGCACAAUGGAGGCACCGUCACUGAGGUCGUAGCGCGCACUAUCUUUAGGCAAGCGGCCGAAGCCGCUCAAGUUUGCUGCGAACGCGGGGUUUUCCACAGAGACAUAAAAAAGCAAAACCUCCUGAUCAACCCAAACACCCUGGAGGUCAAAUUGAUCGACUUUGGGUGCGGCGAUCUUCUCAAAAGCUCGGCUUACUACCGCUAUAUGGGUACAAGGAAAUACACUUGCCCUGAAUAUGCUGAAACGGGCUCGUACCAUGGCAAGCCAGCAACAGUGUAUUCCCUGGGCGUACUGCUGUUUGCUAUUGUGUGCGGAAGAUGUCCCACCUCUCUUCACCUCAAAGAGAUCAACGAAAAGAAAUGGAGCAAAGACGGCUUGACUGCAGAAUGCUGCGAUUUCAUUCAAGCCUGUCUUCAGAGGAAUCCAGAUGAGCGGAUCCAUCUGGAAGAGAUUUUGAAGCAUGCGUGGUUUUGAGGUACUGGGCUACGUGGCUUUGAGGUACUGUGCUAGGUUUCAGCUUUAAAGCAUAAGUUCUAGCGUUAACGACAAAAAACAACAAAAAGACCUGACAAACACUGAAGGCAUGAGGAGAGAAUAUAUAGAUGUAAAGAUGUAAAGCGCUACUUUCAACAAUGUAGGGGCAUGUAGGGGUGGGGAUCAAGAAAAAAAUUCAAAUCACAAUUUUUUAGUGCAAUAGAUGAGUAGAUGCAGUUAAUAGAGUUACAGUGCAGUAUAUAAAUUAGUGCAGUUGUUGAAGUUACAGUGCAGUAGAUGAGUUAUUGCAGUUAUUGAAGUUAUAGUGCAAUAGAUGAGUAGAUGCAGUUAUACAGUUACAGUGCAGUAUAUAAAUUAGUGCAGUUGUUGAAGUUACAUUGCAGUAGAUGAGUUAAUGCAGUUAUUGAAGUUAUAGUGCAAUAGAUGAUAAGAUGCAGUUAAUAGAGUUACAGUGCAGUAUAUAAGUUAGUGCAGUUGUUGAAGUUACAGUGCAGUAGAUGAGUUAAUGCAGUUAUUGAAGUUAUAGUGCAAUAGAUGAGUAGAUGCAGUUAAUAGAGUUACAGUGCAGUAGAUGAGUUAAUGCAGUUAUUGAAGUUAUAGUGCAAUAGAUGAGUAGAUGCAAUUAUACAGUUACAGUGCAGUAUAUAAGUUAAUGCAGUUAUUGAAGUUAUAGUGCAAUAGAUGAGUAGAUGCAAUUAUACAGUUACAGUGCAGUAUAUAAGUUGAUGCAGUUAUUGAAGUUAUAGUGCAAUACAUGAGUAGAUGCAGUUAUACAGUUACAGUGCCGUAUAUAAGUUAGUACAGUUGUUGAAGUUACAUUGCAGUAGAUGAGUUAAUGCAGUUAUUGAAGUUAUAGUGCAAUAGAUGAGUAGAUGGAGUUAAUAGAGUUACAGUGCAGUAUAUAAAUUAGUGCAGUUGUUGAAGUUACAGUGCAGUAGAUGAGUUUAAUGCAGUUAUGAAAGUAGUCCAUUAGUGCAAAAGAGCAUUCAGUAUUAUAUUCCUGGUGUGCAAGUGAGCAGUAUAGAGUGCAAAUGAUGCUAUGUGUAUGGAAACAGUCCGGUAGACUGAGUAAAUCGUACCUGAUUUACUCACGAGGGGUCCCUUUAAAAUUGGACUGUAGGCAUACUCUUUCGGGGGCUUUCUUUUGAGGUGGUUAAAAAGGUUCAUUGUGUUGCCCUCCGACAUGCGAAUCUUAUCAUUGCAACAUUUGCAAAUAACUGUUGUUUGGGCCGUGUCAGUUGGGGAAAACCCAAACCAUGUCAAUAAUACUGAUGUAGAAUUUUUCCUCCCUGUUUUCCUCCAUCGUCACUGACAGCGUCACUUAAUCUUCCUGAAUUCACAAGCAACGUAUACGAGCUUGUUAACAUGGCGCAAUCUAUCGCAAGGAUGUCGACGAAUUCGAACAGCAACGGAAAUAACAUGUCUUGCACUAAAUAGGACGAUGUAACGAUUAAAAAGUGGAUCGUGCAGUCAUUUUGAUCGUUCGCGAACUAAUAUUGUCAUAUGGCACACCCCAACUCUGAUGCCAUGUUUUGACAGAAAGUAUUAAAGUAUUAACAGGUAAGGGUGAUGGUUAAGACCUUUGUUGCGACUCUCUUAAAGAAAUCCCUUACCAUAGGGAUAUUUUUACCUUCAGGAGAACCCUAACAUAAGGUUUUUCAUGCAACCAUAGAACCACUUCUUUUAAAUGUCAUUAAUUUGAGUUAUCAAUAAUAAGUUAAACUAAAUAGCAUGUAGUAGCACUAAAUAGAAUCAAAAAAAUACUGUAAAUAUUAUUGAAAAAUCCUCAGUAUUUCAGUCCUUGCUUUCUAGACAACUCUGAACUCACAUUCUACUUAUUAAACAUUGAAUGUCUGUAACUUUUACACACAAAUUAAUUAAUUAAAGCAAACAUACAUUUGGCUCCACCCUUCAGGGAUCGCCACAGCGAACCAUCUGCUUCCAUCUGUCCCCUGCAUCUUAUUUUUUCACCACAACAACCUGCAUGCCCUCCUUCUUAAUCCUGUAUAUCAUUGUCACUCCCAAAGAAAAUCUCAACAUCUCCUGUCUUUUCGUCAAUGCAGCCGUCUUUAAACCAUAUAACAUAGCUGGUCUCACUACCAUCCUGUACACCUUUCCUUCAUUUAUAUGGUACUCUCACGCAUUACUCAUGACCAGUGUUGCCGCAGUUACUUUGAAAAAGUAAUCUGAUUGCUGAUUAUACCUCUAAAAAGUAAUUUAGUUACUUUACAGAUUACUGGAUUUUAAAAGUAACUAAAUUAGAUUACACGUUACUUUAUCAGUUACAUUCAGCAGCUGCCACCAACUCCCCCGAUGCCUCAACAUAAAAAUGAGAAUCGUUUUUUCCAAAACUCACUUUAUUGGAAGUGUAUUUUUGACAGUAAUGUCAACAAUGUAUCUCCUGACAUUUUAAGUUGAAUUUAAAGACUAUUUCCUGAAAAAAACAUGUUUUUAUUCAAAAUAAUUUAAAGACUGAUUUUCUUGAUUUCACUUAACGUAUUUUUUUUUUUUUUUAAUUUCUUUCUUGACCUGACAAAUUUAACUGUUAACCCUAUAAUAAUGGCAAAAAAUACUAUUUAUAAUCUACAUUAUUUAUAGGUGUAACUAUUCAUUUCUUUUUAACAUGUUUUAUGAACAUUGAACCUGUUGUUCACAGCAUUAGGAGUGGUUUUACAAGUGUAAAACGCACGAAACGAGUGCGAGUCAACAGUGUUUAAGGGCAGCAUUUCCUCUACAACAUACUGCGCGAUGUGCGGAUAAGCUAAAAUGUCACCCGCAUCCACUGUUUCAAAUAAAGUAUCCACCCGCCACCCGCCUGCAAGUAUAAAUUUCUCUGAUAUAGAUAUCCAACCUGGACACGAUCGUCAUUUAAAUAACUCAGUAAAUUUUCUAGCACUGUCCUUGUCUAUAAAUACUUAAAUGUAAUAUUUUGAUUUAGCACACACAUGUUGUACCAUAUGAGAGGUACCAGUCUUAUGGCUUUCAUAUACAUACAACGCCUCAGAGUCGUUGCAUAUUACAUACCCAGUAAAUGAUUCACCCUUCGCUAAAACGCUCCCACAUAGUACGUUUCUUUUCUACCUUUUCUUUUUAAUUCUCCCUUUUGCCUCGAUUUCUGCUUUAAGAAAUAGACCGUCCUCUACCGCCGCCACGUGCGCAUUUCUUUUCCUCUGAAAAAUGCAUUUAAAACACAUUCGUAUUUUUAGAGAAAUGUUGUUAAUAUUGUAUAUGAUAUCAUCCACCCGCGACCCACCCGCAAUUACUCUGAAUGUAUUUUUUUAUUACCCGACCCGCUGAUCAUCCGCAGCGCCAGCGGAUUUAACCGCCAUCCACACAUCACUACUGCCCGACCAACUUCUUCAAGUCUCCCCCACGUACUGGUUUUGCACCACAGUCCAGCAUUUGUUGUUUGGGUGGUGGGGGACUUGCUGUUCUCUGCUUCGCACCACCUGGUGGGACUUGCUCUGUAAGUUGGACGUGGCAGUGCUGCGACUCCAAUUGUUUCUUCAAAUUUGACGUAGUGUUUUUAUACCUAGAUAGCACUUUGUUGCCAGCACAGAGAGUACAACGAACCUUAAUAUUGUCAUCUAGCGGACACAAACUCGUGACUGUAUUUACAGCUAGAAACGUGCAUCUCUCUCCUCCCUCCAUUGUUGUUUACGUUUGUGUCGCUGCGUGGCAGGGGCUAUUACACGUGAAUUGCUACGUGACUUCACUCCCUGAGACGCAAGAAAUAAAAAUUUUACUAAGUAAAAUGACAAAAAGAUUGACGCACAGUGACUUAGAUAAAUAACUUUAAUCUGAUUAAUGGUUUGGAAAAAGUAACGCGUUAGAUUACUCACUACUGAAAAAUGUGGUCAGAUUAGAGUAACCGGCAUCACUGCUCAUGACACCCUUUUCCGCCCACUAGACCCUGCCUCCACUCUGCUCUUCACCUCCUUUCCAAUCCCCCAAUUGCUCUGAAAAGAUGACCCUUAAUACUUAAAAACUUUUUUCACCUCUACUGCUUGCAACCUCACUCUUUCACAUCCCUUUCACAUGCUCCAGCGGCCUAAGUCACCAGUUAGAGUACGUCCAGGUAGAGGGCACAGUUAUUGAGGGUCUGUUGUCUAUUGUGAAAUGUGAGGAAGCUGACAAACCCACAUUCAGUCAUAUCUUUGGAUAACACACUUUGGUUUUAUUUCAGGUCAGCGAUAUGGAGCUAUUAGGAAAUUCAAAGUAGUUAAAUGGGUUAAACUAACUAGAGUCUUGGUUCUUGCAUUCCAGUCAUCAGAUUAAAUACAAAUGAUUAUCUUUGCCUGAAUGUAAUGAACAGCAGCUACGCUAAUUAUUUUCCAUCUGUUUCUGUGUUUCUUCCACGAGUUCUCUCUUCCAGUGUUUCCUGAGGAUCUAGGAUUUGCUGAUGCCUGGGCAUUAUCAGCGAGUGCCCGAUCGCCCUGUGGAGGAAACGGCAAUCGCCCCUCUGGAUCAUGGCACUAGUUGACUAGUUAAAUAGGGAGACUAACAAGGGGUAAAUUAACCCUAGGAAGUUGUGGGGAAUGAAACACUAAUGGAAAGCUAAACGAGGAAACGAGAGGGGCAGGACCGAAGACGAGACCAGAAUCACCAGCUGGACUGCCGGCUGAGUCACCGGAUGGACUGCAGGCUGAAUCGCCGGCUGGACUGCCGGCUGAGUCACCGGAUGGACUGCAGGCUGAAUCGCCGGCUGGACUGCCUGCUGAACUGAACUGGAAACUGUUGGAAACGGAGGCAGCGCCCCCUCCUCUGCUUCUCCCUUUUGGGCCAGUCCACUAGACGCGUGGCUGGCUGCAGGGAAGCGGCGGGAGGUGUGGAUAGCUUCAUGCUGGAGAAGUUGGACGGGGAGUCCUACGUCAUCCACGGAGGCUUGGAAGAACAGGAACAGCUGGGCUUGAGGAGGGAGGAACCGAGUUCCCCAGGAUGCCUACCCUCACCAGGCAAUCCUCCGGAACGGGAGGCAGACAGGAUCUUGAGGGGCCCGGAAGGUCGCUGGAGGAGAGCUCAAUAACCAGCUCCUGGAAUGACCCCCUGACCAUCCACUCUCGAUCCACCAGAGAAGGCGGGUUGACCAGGCCCACUAGGAAGAAAGCGUUCAUAAUGGCCUUGGGGAGAUCGCCCCUCCUCUUUGGCAAUGCCUGGGCAUAAUCAGGGAAGGCCCGAUCACCCUGGGAAGGAAAUGGGCCAUCGCCCAUCUGGGUUGUGGCAGAAGUUGACUGCCACCAAUCGGCCAACUCCCGCCUAGUAGAGGCCGAGGUGCUGCCUGCUGGGUUAAUUUGGGCGGACUCUUUAUUUCAAGGAUUCGGACAGGAGAAAAAUCUCAAACGUAGGCAGCAGUGCAAUCAACCAAAAACUUUAAUAGUAUGGGGAGUAAACAGGAAUGUAACUAAAAUAUGAACAUGAAACAAAAGACUUCCCACAAAAAUACAAGAGACAGAAUUACUGGAUUUUCUAAUAAAAUGACUACGACAAGACUAAGUAAUAACACAACAUCCAAAACACCGCAAGACCUCCAACAAGGCAGGGUACAGAGACACCAGCUUGAACGCAAGCAGUACAAAACUAAUCCGCAUAGGACAAGAAACACAAGGAAAUUAAAUAGGGAGACUAACAAGGGGUAAAUUAACACUACGCAGGUGUGGGGAAUGUAACACUAAUGGAAAGCUAAACGAGGAUCUUUAGGGGCGGGGCCAAAGACAAGACCAGAGAUCAACCAACAAUAACAUUUCUCUCUCCCCACAAAACAUGAGGCUCUGUCAUGAUCCUGCCACUAGAUCAAAAAAGAAUUGACAUGAUUAGGCAGAAUCAUGACUCUUAGUUGUCGUUUAUCUUUAUAGUGUAAACGUCCAUUAAAGCUGGGUAUAUAUCUCCGUUUACUAUUACAAUAAUAAAAAAAUAUAUAUAUUAAAAAAAUAAUUAAAAAUUUAAACCAGGUUUUGGUUUAAAUCACCAAACCUCUGCUACGCAAGGUUUGUCGGACUGGACAAAAUGGCGUUCAGUCACUGAGCACAUCAUUUCGGCGUUUUGAUUGUUCAGAUCCCCUGUCAAUCAAACUGCUUGCAAAGGGGCAAUUGCAAAUAAUAGAACGUAAGUGUAUUUUCAGACAUCACCUCAAGUUUUGUUUAGUUACUCAUAAACAGGUUUUUCUUUAAUGCUGUCGAAGGUAGAAGAGCACUUCUAUAUAAAAGGGGUUCUCAACCUUUUUGACUCCCCAUUGAAUUCAACAAUAUUCAAGGCCCCCUCUCAAAAACCCGCAAAAUUUCUACCCAAUUAAAUAUUUUAGAGCUUAAUAUUGACUGGAAAAACGUUUAUUAACUAGGUAUUUCUUUUUUAUGUUUUUCAAUGGUAAUUUUGUCUCUUUUUAAAAUAUUGGUCAUCUUGAGGCCCCCUUGGAAGUAAAUAAAUGUCUCAUUUCCUGAUAAGAAACCAAUAAACAGUGUAUUGUAAUCAAGUGGUUCUCAAACUUUUUCGUUAAAGGGCCCCCUUUGUGUAGGGGGCAUCGCUUUGUGACCCCCCAAAUAAAGACAUUUACUGUAAUCUUUUAAUUAGAAUUAAACCAAAAAUAUAUUUAGUUACACAAACACUGGAACAUCUAUUAUUUUGGUUGGUCUUAUUUAUCUGAUGUUUAUUUCAUAAAAUGUAUGAUAAGUUUCUAUAUUUCAUAAAAUGACUUAAAAUCUGUGGUCUCCCUGGAUCCAUCUUAGGGCCCCUAGUUUGAGAACCACUGGUACAGUAUAUACCACUGCUGUGUGUAGCAUCUGCUCAAUUUAACUAUUUUCUCAGUUUCCUCAUUUCUCUCCGCUUUAAGUCUCCCUUGACGAGGGUUCUUCCCGUUAAACGCAGAAGCAUUGCAUACAUAGAGACCACAUUUCCCAUACAUUUUUCGCAUUCAAUUCCGAUCAAAUUAUAUUUCAUCUAUCCUUCUUCAAGCAUUUAUUUAUCUAAACAACUGAUAAACAACGCUUUGAAUGAAAGUGUUGCGCUUUAAAUCUUUUUAAAUCUGUGUGCAUAACUGGACACAAUUCAAAAUCAAGUUUAUGGAAACUACUUAUAAAGCAUUUCUAUGAAGGUAUUUUUGGUGCAAAACAACUGAGCGCCUGUGAGAGUGGAGUUUGAAGAUGUGUAUCAAUCCAAUUCAACUAAUAAAAACUAAGACACUCGUGCACUCACAUUUUUUGCUACAAUUGCUGCAGUAAAUAUUGUGCAAAACACAUUCAAACAGCCAAAAAUAUGCGUUUGCAGAGUUUUGCACAUCCACAAAUUGUUUUACGUGUUGAGCCAAAGCUCAAACGUCACGGUUCGCUUCUGCAACACAGAAAGGAAAUUAGUUACAAUAAAAACAUAAGGUAGCCUCAGCGUCUUUUUGGUGUUAAACUUAUUCAGCCUCGGGUGAAUAUAUGAAUUCUUAAACGAACGAAAAUAAAUAAAUGUUUUAGGCUUGUUUAGCGCACAUUUAAAGAGCCUUAAUACAAAACAAUUAAACGCUGUGUCUUUAAGCACAAAGAAUAAUCAUUUAUGUAACUGUAACGCUGCAAAAAUUGAUGCAAUGUAACAAGAAAUUAAACUAAAUGUCUUAAUUUUACCAUAAAUCCAUAAGGUUAGACCUGGGCCGUCAUGUCCUUGCGCUGCGUGUUUGGAAAACCACAUCAGUUUAGGACCAGAAAGAGGUAACUGGUAACAUAAAACUCUCUGUGAUAGAGUGCCCGUUGCACAAAUGCAUGUGUAUUUCCUAGUGAUUUGGAGAUGAGAAUAGUGGUGAGGUUUGGAGAAAGGGUGGGCAGGUGGUCUUCAGCUCAACUAAAUAAAGACCUUUUUAACUCACGUGUGAUGUUUUUUGCUUUCAUAUACAUGCAUAGAUGCCUUAUUGUCUGCUUAAUUGUACAUCAAUUAGUAUUUGCAGCAAUAACGUGACUGUAAAAAGCUAUUUUAAAAAAGUUGUCAAAAAAGCAUAUUUCAUGACUUUUAAAAAGGGGCUAGCUAAAAAAACUGUUUGUAUUAUAAACACCUUCACAAAAUGUCAUUAUGUACUGUGUAUUUGUUAAUGUCAGAUACUGUUCCCUUGUAUUCAAAGAGAAAGAAAGCACCCAAGUGUC